UGCGGUGCUCAUCAGACCUGAGCAGUUGCUCGGUUGGGCUCGCGGAGGGAGCCAGGUGAGCCGUACGAGGAAGGGGGCUGUGGCGUGUUGCUUGCGUGACCCCCGCGUCCGCGAUGUCCUCCUCUUCUGCCCAAGUCCACCUGAGCAACCGGGAUUGGAGAAGGGGGCGUAGGGCGAGAUGGGAGGGAGAACAGAGUAGGAGAGAGGACUGGGUUGGAGAGGGCAGUCUGGGGGAAGGGCAUGUGCAGACCUUGCGUGCAUGUGUGUGUGUGUGUGCGUGUGUGUGUGUGUGUGUGUGUGUGUGUGGUGCGGCUGCGCAGUUGCCCCUUGCUUCUGUGUACCUUCGUAUGUGAUGUUUGUCCUCUACAGUCAGUGCUGGGUUCUGUGCCCGCAGGUGCCCAGAGUAAAUUCCUGAAGGAGUUGCUAGGCCUGCCUGCUCUCACCUGGCUGACACCAAGGCCACCCCAUUCUCUCAGCAGGCCAGCCCCAGCUUUGGCCACCAUGGGGCUGCCUCCAGGCCCAGCCACCCUCCCGCACACACUACUGUUCCUGCCAGCCCUUCUGAGCUCAGGUUGGGGGGAGUUGGCACCGCAAAUUGAUGGUCACACCUGGGCUGAGAGGGCACUUCAGGAGAAUGAGCGUCAUGCCUUCACCUGUCGGGUGGCAGGGGGCCCUGGAACCCCUCGAUUAGCCUGGUACCUGAAUGGACAGCUACAGGAGGCCAGCACCUCAAGACUGCUGAGUGUGGGUGGGGAGGCCUUCUCUGGAGGCACCAGCACCUUUACUGUCACUGCCCACCGGGCCCAGCAUGAGCUCAACUGCUCCCUGCAGGACCCUGGCAGUGGCCGGUCAGCCAACGCCUCUGUCAUCCUCAAUGUGCAAUUUAAACCAGAAAUUGCUCAGGUCGGGGCUAAGUACCAAGAAGCUGAGGGCCCAGGCCUCCUGGUUGUCCUGUUUGCCCUGGUGCGUGCCAACCCACCUGCCAAUGUCACCUGGAUUGACCAGGAUGGGCCAGUGACUGUCAACACCUCUGACUUCCUGGUGCUGGAUGCUCAGAACUAUCCCUGGCUCACUAACCACACUGUGCAGCUGCAGCUCCGCAGCCUGGCACACAACCUCUCAGUUGUGGCCACCAAUGAUGUCGGUGUCACCAGUGCCUCGCUUCCAGGCCCAGGGCUCCUGGCCACCCGGGUGGAAGUGCCACUGCUGGGCAUCGUUGUGGCUGGAGGGCUUGCCCUGGGAACCCUAGUGGGGUUCAGCACCUUGGUGGCCUGCCUGGUAUGCAGAAAAGAGAAGAAGACCAAAGGCCCCUCCCGACGCCCGUCUCUGAUCUCUAGUGACUCUAACAACCUGAAACUCAACAAUGUGCGCCUGCCACGGGAGAACAUGUCCCUCCCAUCCAACCUUCAGCUCAAUGACCUCGCUCCAGAUUCCAGAGCAGAGAAACUAGCAGACCGGCCAAUGGCUCGGAACAGCAGCCAGCCAGAACUUCUGGAACCUGACACAGGUGGCCUCCUCACCAGCCAAGGUUUCAUCCGCCUCCCAAUGCUGGGUUACAUCUAUCGAGUGUCCAGUGUGAGCAGUGAUGAGAUCUGGCUCUGAGCAAGGUGUGUCAGGAGUGCCCUUUGGGCCCAGACAUCCAGAACACCCUGCCCCCUGCUCCUCCAGUGCAUCCUCUGCCUGGCCAUAUGGCCAACAUGAAGAGGCCAUGCUACUGCCACUGGCUGGGGUACCCUAGGGGUCAAGCACAUGAUCUAUUUCACUGGGAUUUGACCUGUAGGGCACAGGUAUCCUUGGCAAGGCUGCCAGCCAGAACUAAGCCCCUUGUGCUAACUCAGGUUAGGGCCUGCAUGCGAUGACUGAGCAGAUGUAGCUCUUUGGUUAGGUGUGUCCAGGUGUCACCCAGCCCCCAAGUAUGGCAUGGCCUGCUACAUGCCCCACACCUGUACUUGAUAGCACCUUGAAUAGUAGGCAUGGGGGGAGGGCUGUUUAUAAAUAGGGAAGGCCCUGCAUGUCUUCAGUGUCCUUCUUAUGCUAUGCACCUUCGUUCCCUCAAGGAGAAUGCAGUACCCUGCUAGCUGUAUAAAAUCAAACUUCCCUUUGCACAAGAAACAACCUGUGGCCCAGGGGCCCCUGCCAAGCACAAACUAGUCCCUUUUGCUGCAUACCUCUCUGCCCUUCUCCACCCCGUGUCUCUGGCCCUGCAUCUUCCUGGACAUCACAAGUUAUACACUGGAUCUUAUUUCUUCACUGGGUCCUAAACUCCCACAUUGGCCUGACUCCCAGCAAUGCCAGUACCUGGUGUUAGCACAAGUCUGGGAAGAAGAGAGGUGACAAGUCUGGUGGAGUCCAGGACUGCAUGUAGCUAUGCAUCAAUUUUUACAGUAUUAGCACUUUAAGCACAUCCCCUAGGGGAGGGGGUGAGGGAUGGCCCAGAGCCCUCUGGGAUCCCCAGGUUUGGCCUUCCUUUGAUUCACUGUGAGUGUCCUGAGCCCUGAGGGUGGACAGUUUCCCUCUCAGCACAUCUCCCCUCCCAGGGAACCCCAGCCCUGACCAACCCUGGCUGCCCCAUCCGUAGGAAGCCAUUUGUCCUACCCCACCUUCUUUAGGUGGGGCUAAAGUAGGUAUAUAAUUCAACAGUUCCAGAAAGUUUAGGGAGACAUAGAGAAAGGGAGACUGCAUACUCCAAAAUGACCUAAGAAUGCUUUUAAAAAGCAACAUGGAAAUGAUUGGAAAUUAGCAGAAUGCAGACUAUAUUUUUCCCUUGUUUUGUAAUUUUUCUUAUGUUACUGCCUAGGACAGUGCUGAGCACACAGUAAAAUCAAUAAACUUAACUGAAUGAAUGUA